AUGCGGCGGGACCCUAAAUCCAAAAUCGACAAUUCCACUGAGAAGGGUAGUUCAUCUGACAGCGAUUUCGAAGAUGAAAUUCAACCCGAAGACGUCGAUAGCGAAGAACUUUUGCGCGAAGAGGAAUCCCCGGAAUGGGAAUUGCUGAUCUCUCAUCCAAGGGAUAUAAAUGUGAAGAUGCAAAACAGUAACGACAACAGCAAAGAAAAAUGCACGAUAAGUGACAUCAAGAAAAUGCUGACGAAGGAGAAAUUGGAAGCUUUUAGGAUGUCAUGUUACGGGAAGUUCCUUGAUCUCCCACAUUGCAUUGUCCAGAACCAGCUCGUAAACUACAUUCUUUUAUGCGAGGUUCAUCAAAGUAGUACAGAUGAGAUCUGGUUCGACUUCGGAGUGAAAUUCCUCCGAUUCGACAUAGAGGAAUUUGCUGUCGUGACUGGUUUGAAGUGCACUGGACUUACUAAGAAAUUGAACAUUCCAAAGAUUGUCAAUGGUCUGAACGACAAGUAUUUUGAUGGUAUUGAAAUAACUCAGAGCCACAUCAGUCCAAAGUGCGAUGAAUACUCGUGGGGAACUGCUGUGUUCCAGUUCACUCUAAACUACCUGAAGAAAUCAAUCCAGACCAGAGAGCAGAUGCACAUAUCUGAUAAUGCUGAGGGGAGCAACUUGUAUCAGUUAUAUGGUCUGAUAUUGGCUCUUCGGGCAUGGUUUUACGAGGUUAGCGACACGGCUGAGGGUGUAGUCGCAACCCACGUGGGUGUGUACGAUAUCCCGAGGAUAAUCAAGUGGGAAGUUCGUGAAACUUCUACUCGUAGUUUUGUGCAGAGGACCUUUUCUAAUCUUGAUUACUCUAAGACUCCAUCAAGUGCCGCACCGCAACAUACCAAUGAAGAUGAUGUUAUAACCCACCUCGACACACUUACUGCUGAAGUCCAGAACCUGAAGGAAGCCUUCCACGACUUCUCGAGACGGGUUUUUAUUGAAUUUGCUUGGUAA